AUGAGCUGGGGCGCGGACGUCGCCGAGGCCUUUGGCGACGCGCUCGACGCCGAACUCGCCGACGCGCUGCUCGACAGCGUCGACGACGUCGUCGACGACGCGCUGGCGUCGCAGCUCGACGAGAUCUCCGGCGGCGGCGGCUGCGUCGUCGUCGACGUCGAUGCGCGAGACCCCGUGUUCGUCGCCGCCGGCGCGCGGCUGCUCUUCGCGCGCGGCGCUACGGCGGUGCGCGCGGUCGCGGACGACGGCGUCGCGCCGCCCGCCGAGCGCUUCGCGGUCCGCGUCGCGGCCGGCGGCGUCGCGCGCUGCGGCGCCGCGGCCGUCGUCGUCGAGACGGCGACGCGCCGGCGCUGCCGCGCGCUCGACGACGUCCUCGACAGCUUCGUGCACUGCGGUGGCCGCGCGCGGAACCCGGAGGCCGCGUUCCGCGACGCGUUCGCCCGGCGCCAGAAGCAAGGCCUCGAGGCGACGGCGGCCGCGGCCGCGGCGCUCGGCGACGUCGCCGAGGCCGCCAAGACCGACGAGGCCCGCGACGUCGGCGGCGGCCGCGCGACGAUCAUGGCGCGGCGCGCCGGCGCCGGGUCGCGGGCGACGGCGCGCUACGUGGCGGCGCCCUGGGAGGCGCGCUGGGCGCGCGACAUCCGCCAGCUCGAGGGCGACGACGACGACUGGGCCAAGGGCUGCGCGGCCGUCGCCGCCGACGUCGACAAGGUCAAUCGGUGGCUCCGGUGGAUCGAGCGGCGCGCCGAGGGCCGGUCGCCGCCGGCGGACGGCGAGGUGCUGAGCGCCUGGGCCGACGACGGCGGCUGCGACGGCUGGGCGCCCAUCGAGCCGCUGAUAGGCCACCUCCGGCACCCGCUGUUCCACUGCGUCGGCCCCGAGAAGGACACGUUCGCGCUCAUGUUCUCCAAGGCCUUCAUCGCCUUACCGCGCGCCGCGGAGGUCGGCGCGAACCGGCCGGGGACCAAAACCUUCUUCUUCGACGCGGGCGCCUCCGUCUACGACGA